GAUAUCAAUGCCAUGAGACCAGACCACGGCUACCUUCUUUUUCCAACAAAUACUAAUACCACGUGGACCCACCUGAACACUUCAACUCAGUAAAAUAAAAUCCAGCCUCUCUUAUUUCUCUGCCCUGUUUUUCUACCUUAAUACUCUGCUUCUUCAACUUCCCAUGGCUUCUCUAAAUUCCUCCAUUUCUUUGUAACACUACCAAAGAAAAACCUCAAAUUCUCAAAAAUUAUCAAUCCAUGGAGAACUACUCUUAUUCUUCAUACCCAGAUUCUGUUAAUUCAUCCCCACGUUCCCGCGAAAUCGACUGCGAAAACGCUUCAUGGGAUGAUCAACCACCUUCUUCAAAUUCAAAUUACAAGGUCAAAUUCAUGUGCAGUUAUGGUGGUAAAAUACUACCGAGACCCCAUGAUAAUCAGCUCGCUUAUGUCGCCGGUGAAACUAAAAUUCUCUCUGUUGAUCGGAAUAUCAGAUUUUCGAAUCUUGUUGCUAAGCUUUCGUUGAUUUCUGAUUGUGAUGUUUGCUUUAAGUAUCAAUUACCUGGUGAAGACCUUGAUGCUUUGAUUUCAGUAACUAAUGAUGAAGAUUUAGAGCAUAUGAUGCUUGAAUAUGAUCGUCUUUAUAGGGGUCCUGCUAAACCGGCGAGGCUCCGGUUGUUUUUAUUUCCGUUGAGUACUCCGGCGACGAGUACUUUUGGUUCUACUGACUCGAAAACUGAGAGUCAGUGGUUUGUUGAUGCUUUGAAUUCUGUUCAGUUGCAAAAUUUGGAUGUGAAUUCACCGACGGCUGUUUCGUCGGCACCGGCGCCGGCGAAUAAUCCGGAUUUUCUGUUUGGGUUGGAUAAAGGGCAAGUUCAACAACAACAACCUCCACCGGUGAAGCUACAAGACCCAACUCCACCACCGCCGGUGCCGGAGGUUUUUGUUAAGGAUUUUGCUGGUUCCGAUACUGGAUCGGAAGAUCGGCAUAUCAUCGGAGAAAAUGUUAUCUCGCCGGCGGAUUAUCAGAGACAGAUUCAUGAAAUGCAGAGGCUGCAGCAGCAUAUUUCUAAUCAAGAACAAGCUAUGUAUAACAGGAAGAUUGAGGAAUCUAUUCCGCGAAUGUAUCCCGGAGAAUACUACCAGCAAAAAGCUCCGCCGCCGCAACAGACGGCGGUGCCGGUGACGAAUUCGGCCAGUUUUUGGCAGGAACGUCAUAUGACUACUGGACCAUACCCUGCAUCAUCAGUGCAAACUGAACAGCCUGUAUAUAUAGUUCAAACGCCCGCCGGAGUUUAUCAAACUCCGGCUAUGCGACCGGUGACCAACCAAAUGGGUGGUCAGGCUUAUUACGGCAUGCAGCGCGUGAUGCCGGAGGUUUACCGGGAACAGCCGAUGUACGGCGGAGUUCCACCACAACCAACAAUUCAACAGCAGCAAAUGGGAGGAGCUUACACGUCGGAAAAUAUGGGGAUGGUGCGGCCACACGCGCCGCCAGAGCCAACAUAUACACAAGUUGGGUAUGACAGUGUAGGGAGACAGGUGUAUUAUACUGCACCGGCGGGUGUUAUGCAACAGCAAAUGCAGCAUCCAGCAGUGGCAGGCUUGCCAAUAAUUCUACCAUCUGGAUUCAACGCGCCACCACUCUGCCUCCCAUCCCCCGCCGCUGCAGCGGCGGGGGAUGGGAGGCAGAGUGGUGGCGCGUUGAAUCCAGAUGGUAGAAUUAUUGGCAAGCCUUGA